CCAUUCUAUGGAAAUUCAGACUUAUUGUAGUUCAAAAACUGCACAUAGACAUUCUCCACGCAAAAUGGUUCUUUCCAUGGACAGAUGGGUGGGCAAAGUGGCCAUCGUCACUGGGGCUAGUUCAGGAAUUGGUGCUGCUAUUGCCGACGCUUUAGUUUCAAAAGGCCUCAUUGUGGUUGGAAUAGCUCGUCGCACUGACCUUAUCGAAAAUCGGGCCAAACACCUCAAAAACGGCAAACUUUACGCAGUCAAAGCCGACAUGACUCAAGAAAAAGACAUUUUGGACGCCUUCAAAUGGGUUUUGGACAAUUUAGGACCGGUCCACAUCCUAAUCAACAAUGCUGGUUUUGCCAAAGAGGGGUAUUUGAGUGAGGGUGAUACUGAAACUUGGAGAAAAAUCCUCAAUAUUAAUGUUCUUGGGCUGUGUAUUGCCACACGCGAAGCUGUUAAAAUAAUGCGAACCAAGGGCAUAAACGGGCAUAUUAUUCAUAUUAACAGUAUUCUAGGCCACUCUAUCAACACACCAAAAGUAAAUGUGUAUCCAGCGACGAAAUUUGGGGUCACAGCACUCACAGAGACUCUAAGACAGGAAUUGAUGAGUUUUGAAAGCAAAAUUAAAGUCACUAGUAUCAGUCCGGGUUUGGUAGCUACUGAACUGACCACUUUGAGGAAAGAUUUGAGUGAAGAAAGGAAAAAAUUGUUUGGGACGUAA